GGCAUGGUCUAAGACUAGAAGGGUACUAAAACCUCCCUCCCUUAUCCACACCCCCUUCCCAAUGUAUUCGCAGCCUUUGCACUGCCUAUGCCCAGGGGGAAGGUUAUAGUCAAGCAUAUUGGGGCAAUGUUACUCAAGUGUGAAUUUAAGAAUCUUGUUUGCAUUCAUUACAAACCCAUUAAAAACUGGCUGGCUCAGACUUGCACAGGAAUAGUCUGAAGGUACAACAGACUCUCAUCUCUUUGCUGCCUCUGGAACAGAGAAGCUGACUGGGGAUUGGUGCCUGGGUCUGGGACAGGUGAAGGAUUCCCUGUAUUUAUAUAUUUAUUAAUUUUUUUAAAAAAACUUCUCUCAGCCCAACCUCUUUCCAUGAACUAAAUUACCCACGUAUUGGCUUGGAUUUUGAUUUCCCUUUCUGAGGUGUGUGGAUUUAAAUGGCUGAAGAUAAAACCUUUCGCUAUGGGCUCAUCGUCCUGGGCUUCUUUCUGGUGAUGAUUGGCAUGUUCAUCAUGAGUGUGGACAAGCCCCAGAUCUACAUCACCUUCUGUACUCUGGGGGUCUUGGUCAUAGCAGCAGGGAUUUCUUGGAGCAUGUGCCAGUGCUACCCAAAGAUCAGAGUUGUUUCUGUUGACACAGAGUCUGAGACGUUCCUUGCAAAGAAUCCUGCUGCUUCAUCUGUUGGAAAUGAGAUUCCAGAAAAAAACAGUUUCCAAACUUCGUACACCAUUCAGAAAGAAGCUGAAGUCUAUGAAAAAAGCCUGCCAUCCUAUGAGGAGGUCCAAAUGAAAGUGGCAGGUGCUGCAGAAUGUUUGGGAGUUCAGACUGCUUCAAACCUACCAGCCAUGCCAGGAGGAAGUACCCAGAUUGUUGUACAGGCCAAAGCAGAAGUCCACAGGGAUUCAGACAGCAAUGGAGAUAUUCACAGGGACUCAGAAUCCCAGAAGAAUCCCACAAGGUUGUAUCACCAACCUGAGGUGCUGCACAGGCAGGCACCAUUAGCUUCUUUCCUAGAGGACAUGGACACAUCUUCAGUGGAAUCAACUUCCAACAGCCCACUUAUACAAAGGUACAAAGAUACCUCAAACCUCUGCACGUCACCAGAAAGUCAGCUGAGAUUUAAACUUCCAUCAUAUGAAGAUUUUGCUUUGAUUGAUUCCCUCAUAGGGGACAGUCAGGGUCAGAGCAUUGAAAAGACAGUGGAACCAUGCAAAAAUUAUCAAUCAUUUCCUGCAAUAGCAAGAGAUGGGGCAUUGCCUAUAGAUUUGGGGUCUGGGCUGCUGGAAUCCAAAGUGGAAGAGAGUGAUUUGUACUAUGGAAUAUAUGAAUGAUCAGAAGAUAUCCUCAUAUCUGUUGAUGCUGUCUUUGAGCAAAAAGACUCACUAAGUGCUAAAAUAGGAAAAUGUGAGAACUAGAGACGAGCCUAAAAAUGUUAAUGGGAGUCAAAGAACACUGGGGGAAAAGCUCAGCCAAUCAGUACAACAGGAGCUGAUCUUCAUUUUUAAACUAAGGAGGUAGGAGUGCAUUUUUCUUGUAUUCUGGA